ACUUCGCUGUUUGCGACCCGCGCCGCGGAAGUUGGAAUACAGGCGACCCAAUUUCAGUCUGUGUACACCCACAGCCGACCAUGCUGCAGUGCGGGAUGUCAGAACGGGACAAGCGGACUCUCCGUAAGCUGUCUGCGGUUCUCUGCAAGCAAAUGGUGGUAGACGCGCAACUUGUCCAGUCUCUACAGGCGGACGAAAUCCUUAACGAUGAAAUGGCGGAGAGCGUUCUGAACGAGAAAACCUCUGGAAAGCAAAAUUGGCGGUUGCUUUUCCUUCUACCCAAGCGGGGCCCCGGUGCGUUCAACAGCUUCUGCUCAGCACUGCGAGACACUGAGCAGCACCACUUGUGUGACCUGAUAGAGAAACACAGCACAAGCAAUUCGAAACUUCAGCCAGAACGAGAUACACAAGUGUUGAAGACUUACCCAGACGAAAUAAGUGAGUUGCAGAGGUUUGUCGAGGCCCCUCUUCCCCAUCCUACACAAGAGGCCAUAGCAGCUAAGAGACAACGGACACACGAUUCCAUGGAAACAAGUCUGGAUACUGACUGCCCUAUUACAACCCCAGUGCUUCCGUGCACCCAAGAAUUCUACCUGACUCGCUGCAAACAGUCUUACAGGAUGUGUUCGUCACCGAGAGGCUGUGCCUUAGUGAUCAGUAACGUGACCUUCGACUCCUCCACCGCCCCUGACCUCGACCACAGGAAGGGCGGUGAGGUGGACGAGGAGGUUCUCCGGAAGGUCUUCACAGAGCUGGACUUUGUAGUCUCCGUGCACCGGAACCUCACCGCUCAGGCUAUGCGGGAGUGCAUUGAGCAGUUCUGCCAGCUUCCAGAGCACAGGACGGCAGACAGCUCUGUGGUGUGUCUGCUGUCCCACGGCGUGGACGGAGCUGUGUACAGCACAGACGGAGAGCUACUCCAGCUGGACUGGGUGUUUGAGGCGUUCGACAACUCCCACUGCCCGCUCCUGCAGAACAAGCCCAAGAUGUUCUUCGUCCAGGCCUGCAGAGGGGAGGAGAUGGACUGUGGGGUGGUGCAGACAGACGGGCCGGAGAGGACGGGCUCCCCCAGCUGUGAGCAGCGGGACGCAGGGCGGGAGGGAGAGGGAGACCCUGGCUCCAGACGGCCCGUGUCGCUGGGCAGGCCCAGGAUCAAGCUGCCCCAGCGCUCGGACAUGAUCUGUGGCUUUGCUUCGCUGAAAGGUCAGAGACUAAGCACUGCAGCCAUGAGGAACACCAAGAGAGGGUCCUGGUUCGUCCAGGAGCUCAACGAGGCCCUGCGGCUGCGCUCCCGGGACACCCACCUGGCCGACAUUCUGGUGCAGGUGAAUGCACGUAUCAAGGAGAGAGAGGGCUUCGCGCCGGGCACUCCCCACCACCGCUGUAAAGAGAUGUCAGAGUUCACCAGCUCUCUAUGCAAUGACCUCUUCCUGUUCCCCAAGUACCAGCACCGGUUUUGACUUCUGAUCUCACACAGACAUACAGACACAUGCACAUGCACAAAAACACACACACACACACACACACACACACACACACACACACACACACACACACACACACACACACACACACACACACACACACACACACACACACACACACACACACACACACACACACACACACACACACACACACACAAACCAGAACAUGCAUACAUAAACACAAGAGCGUAUGCAUUCACAUGCACACAUACAAAAACACACAAACACACACACAGAUCUUUCCUUUUUUUCAGCACUCAGUCGCACACUGGUGUAUUCCAUCUCACUCUUUGCCACACUCUAUAUUUCCACACGUCAUUAUUACAUUCCGCUGUAAAAGCACUUUUUAAGCCCAUUCAUUCAGAGGAUCAGUUCAUUUCAUUCACGUUCAGGAUUGUUUUGUUCAUUUGCUGUUCAAACAUCGGUGCCCUGUCCACCGACACACAAACACACCCAAAUCCUGGAGGGGAAAAGGAGGAAGCUUAUGUUAAUCUACAUGUACUUGGACAUGUUGUGGGGAUGCAUGUGUUUGCAUCCAAUUAGAGGCUGAGCGUAUUCAUGUGUGUUGCUUUCUAUGCCAGUUAUGGGUUUAUUAGGGCUUAUGAUUCAGAGGUUGAGGUUUCAUAGGUUUCUUUUAAAACAAGUUAUUUUUACGUAGAUCUAUUUUUGUUGCAUUAUUUUUUAUGAAUCUGACUUUUAUAGGGAUUUCCAUAUUUUCCAUGUACAUGUUUGUUUUUUUGUAUGUUGUGAACAUUUCUCCUACAGACAGGGGGCAGUAUAGAAUUAUUGCCUGUGCCACAGAAAAAAAAGCACUUGAACCCUGCUUUACUGCAUAUCAGCAGUUCGGGAAUUGUUGCUGGUUCGUCAGUUCUACCAGGCUUUGGUUAAUGCGAAAAGUUAAGAGAGCACAUUGGACCAACACCAUAUUAACAUCCCUUUAUACCACAAUUGUUACACACCUUGAAUACAUUCCCACUGGAGUGGUUAAGCUCCACGUAAACCAAAGACAAAGGCAUGCCUUUUGUAACUCCUCUCCACUCCUCAAGCUGAUGGCCGUCUGGGGCCCCUGACGCCAUCUAACGGCCGUAUUGAGAGCUCUGUUCAGGUCCAUGUCCCUGCUCUUCCCAACCUGGCGUCCGGGCGCCUUUGAGCUGUUAUUGAGCUGUUAUCUGUGAACAUCCUCGCUAGGGUGGAAGCCACUAUAAGCCUCGUGCUGUCAAGUAGCCAUCGAGCCGAACCCCCCCCAUCCCGGUGGUCCGCCAGGGGAAUGUGGUGCUAGUCGCGGGGGUCACGUAUCUACAUGUCGAACUUCGACCUUCACUAUAACUCCGACGCCUAAUAGUAUUUCUCCACGUGUGGACCACCCCCUGUGCAGUGUACAUUGGCCAGCAGACUGCUAUCUCCAUGGAUACAGUCGCUACACUGUAUGAGGUCCAGAUUGGCAAAAAAAAAAAGUAUAAUUUUUGGCCCAAUCCCAUUUCUACCCCUUACCCCUUCCACUUCCCCCUCCCCCUUGUUUUGAAGGGGUAAGGGGAAGGGGUAAGGGGUAGAAAUGGGAUUGGGCCUUUUUCUUCCUUUGUACAAAAUCUAUGCAGUUUUCAAUGGCAGCUGGGCCUCUGAGUGUUAACAUAUCUUUGGUUUGCAUAUUUGACCACAGGGACUCCACCAUACAGCGGGUGAUCAGGCUCUGCAUGUUUCACCAGGCCAUGUUUCAUGGCGGCAGUUGGUUGUUUCCUUGAAAGAAGGUGUGUUUGGUUACAAGGGUGUUAGAGCGAUAGAGGGGAGAACAGUAUUGAGUUGUCAGAUGUCCACAAACAAAAUAUGCAUCAGGUGCUUUAGAUAUUCCCUUUUUUUCUGUUUCUUACUACACUCGGCUCAUAGAGGGAAUAGCUCCUGAUUGGCUGUGGUUCCGGUCAAGCGUCCACUUGCUGGAUGUAGAAGACCAAUCAACUCACAGUACAGUCUCGUGGAGUGUGAGCAAGUAGUUAAGAAUCAGAUUUGCUGCCAAGCUGUGGAGAGGCACACA